GGGACACUUUGAUUAAACACCGGCUUGGGUGGGCUCGAUGGCUGAGUCAGGACCCUGUGAUGAUUCUCCCUCCCCUGGCUAUUGUAAACACUCUCUCCACUGGACCCUUGAAGCUGUUAAGCCGGCAACUGGGUACCAAACAGCUCUGUGUCACAUGAGAGGCCUGGCUGGAGUCACGGUGGCCCGGGAUACUAUUCUUAGCUGCAGGAAUGUACACAGUGGCCUCAUGGCGAGCUCCACAGCGCCUAACUGGAUAGCCUCGUCGUUUCUCUGUGUCAUGCUGCUUUUCUCUCCCUGACUACACUUCCCUACUUUCUCUCUGGGUAAUGUUUUGGUCCUCUUUUCACUGGAACUGAUACUUUUCCUGACCAGACCGACCAGACAUUUUGGAUAUUAUUGAUUUUCUGAGGGCAGGAGAAUGGCCUCAAAACCACGAGAAGUUUUCUCUUUCAAAGACUCAGAACAUCCCUCCCACCUUCUAGCCCAGCUCAACAUCCUCCGUCAGGAGCGCAUCCUGACCGACGUCCUGCUCUGCACGGAGCACCAGGAGAUCCCCUGCCACAGGAACGUCCUGGUGUCCAGCAGCCCGUACUUUCGCGCCAUGUUCUGCAGCAACUUCCUGGAGAGCAGUCAGGCCCGAGUGAAUCUGAAGGGGAUCUCUUCAAACGUCCUCAGUGGCAUCGUGGACUACGUCUACACGGGCUGCGUCACCAUCACCAUGGAGAUUGUGCUCCCGCUCAUGCAGGCGGCCUCCAUGCUUCACUACGGAGGUCUCUUUGAGGCCUGUUCCAUGUUCCUCCAGGAGCAGCUGAGUCCAGAAAACUGUCUGAGCAUGAUACGACUCUCCGAGAUCCUCCACUGUGAGAGUUUGAGGGAGAGGGCGAAGGAGAUGGCCGUGAGGUGUUUCUCUGAUGUAGCUGCUACAGAGGACUUCUGUGAGUUGUCUCUUCAAGAGCUCAUGUGUUACCUAGAGGACGACCGACUUUGUGCUGAGGAGGAACAAGUGUUUGAGACCCUCCUGGCAUGGAUCCACCACGACCCAUUCUCACGACGCGGUGCAAUCCAUGACCUCUUCAAGAAAGUCCGUCUUCGCUACAUCCAUCCAACUUACCUCUUCCAGUUCAUUGCCAAUGACCCACUGGUGCAGUCCUCCACCCUCUGUACUGAGAUAAUCGAGUCAGUGCGCCGCCUCAUGCUUACAGUCAGCACCAAGUGUAGCCGAGAGCUCAAGCCGCUUUGGACCACACCACGACGUUACACCUGCAGAGAAACACUGGUGGUGGUUGGAGGACGCAAAAACAAUGAGCAAACCUCACGAGAAGCCCUUCUGUAUGACGAGAGGACUCAUCGUUGGCAGUGGUUGGCCAAGCUCCCUCUGCGCCUCUACAAAGCUGCAUAUGUGUGUAUUCAUAGCAUCCUCUAUGUGCUUGGCGGGCUCAGCCUCUGCAUGACAUCAGGUGACAGCUCAGUCAGCGCCACAGUUUACACACUCUCCCUGAAGACCAACCAGUGGCGGACUGCUGAGCCCAUGCUGGAGCCACGGUAUGCUCACCAAAGUGUGUCCUAUCUGCACUUUAUUUUUGUGUUAGGAGGCAUCGGGGUUGACAAGAAGAUCUCUCAGUCUGUAGAGAGAUAUAACAGCAUGUUUAACCAAUGGGAGCCCAUGGCGCCAAUGCCCACAGCGGUGCUGCAUCCAGCUGUUGCAGCCAGCGAUCAGAGGAUAUAUGUUUUCGGAGGGGAGGACGCCAUGCAGAAUCCAGUCAGGCUGAUUCAGGUGUAUCACAUCGCUCGCAACUUGUGGUCCCGGCUAGAAACAAGGACGGUGAAAAACGUUUGUGCUCCUGCUGCCGUCAUUGAAGACAAGAUCUACAUCAUAGGAGGAUACACCAGGCGAAUGAUCGCCUACGACACCAAAGCCAACAAGUUCGUCAAGUGUGAGAACCUAAAGGAGCGGCGGAUGCAUCACAGCGCUACAGUGAUCAACAACAAGCUCUAUGUCACCGGUGGACGCAUCCUCAACGGCCAUGAUGUCAUCGAGGACUCGGACUGCUUUGAGUGUUACGACCCCAAGACAGACGUUUGGACCUCGAAAGGUUCUUUGCCGUACAAGCUAUUUGACCACGGUUCCCUGCCGCUAGUCUGCGUCUCCAACAGGCCCAACCCACCAUGACCCACCAGCAUCCAACCAGCCACUUGGGCGAAUGCAUGUUCUUCACCUCCCCUUUGCCAUGAUUUAUUGGCCUCCAACUACACAAAUGGGAAACCAUUUCAAACUGACUGCAUUCCUUCACGCAGCUCAGUCUCUGCCACAACUUAGCAGCACGUCUGGAUCAAAGGGGAGCUCAGCUGACGAGCAGAGGUGUCAUUCCUGAGGCACCUGGGGUCAAACUGAACUGAGAACCUACGAGAUGACGAGAGGCGAGAGACGUACUGACACAAGAAGCAGCUGUUCAGACACAUACGUAAUCCAAAAAGCUCUUUCCGCAGAUGGCUGCGCUCGUUUGAUGGUAACCAAAAGUGUUAAUGCUUUAAUUUCCCAGACAUUUAUGCACAGCCUGGCAGCUGCAGUUCACUUCCCUGUAACAAUUAAAUACAUAGGGAAUUACACGUCUGGCUGCUUUGUUAACGCUAUAAAACUGUGUAAAACUGAAAAGAGCAGAUCAGACAGCUAAUAUAAUUUGCACUUUAUAGAGAACACAUUCCUCCUUGACCCACAUGCUUCUAUCAGAGUGCACUUGCUGAUGAGUUGAUGAAUUGUGACAGAACACGGACAAGCUCCCCCUGCAAAGCACAGCAUCACGUUUGCUGAAAUGUCAAUGAGACGCACAGUUUUACUUAAACUGAAUGAUCUGGGCCAAUUUUAUUCCAGUUUAGCUGGCUUCAUUCUUGAGAAUUGUUCCUGCAACCCCCCCAAAAAAACACGUUCUGUAUUGUCUCGUGAAUGUUUUCACUUGCAACGUAUGUGUAGUUUAUGUAAUAUGAAGUAGAGUAAAAAGAUGUUUUAGAUUAAUCGAGGCACUGUAAACAGUUUGUGUAUUUCAGUGGUGGUUUACUUUUAAUUUCGCCAUGCACAGUUCCUGGAUAAAUAAAAAGGGCUUCACAGGCA